AGGUUACGUCAAAAAGAGAUACGUGAUGCAGCGGUGAAUAAAAAGGAACCUCAAAUAGAAAAAACAAAAAGUAAGCGAGAAAGACGAAAAGCAAAAGAUAGUGAUGAGAAAUCAACUAAAGGUGAUAAGUAUGAUUUUUUAAACGUAUUUUCAUUACGAAGUAGACGUGAACGAAAGCGAAAGAAAAAGGAUCGAUUAAGUGAAAGUAAAA